ACCCCAUCAUUUUAGCUCCAAACGUUUGUUAUUCCGAGAUAUAGCCUUAUUCAACGGACGUCUGAGAAUUUCAAUAGACCUUCCUUCGCGGUUUGUCUGAUGGACGUUCCUGACCUAACUCAUGACCUCCGUUUCCUCUCUUCUAUUUCCCACUGUUUUCAACGCUUAUCUCUGCCGUACGAAAGACACUGACGAUAGUUCUUGAAGUUGACGGCAUGUCACCUCCAGAUGCUGAUCAGCGACUUCAUGCCUUAGGUUACAAGAGCGAGUUCCGACGGGACAUGUCACUCUUCGGGGUACUAGGGAUAUCAUUCUGUGCUAUCGGAAUCCUCACCGGAAUGAGCAGUGCCCUCCAGACAGGACUGUUCUCUGGUGGCCCACUGGGAUUAUUCUGGGGUUGGAACAUUUGCAGUCUAUUCAUGCUCUUGAUUGCUUUGUCGUUGGCUGAAAUAUGUAGUGCAUAUCCUACAAUGGGCGGGCUCUACUUUUGGGUAUGCAGAAUGAGACCUGAUGCACCCUUCAUCGGAUUCUGCACCGGUUGGAUCUACAGCAUUGCAAUGAUCUUCACGGGCACUUCUGGGAACUUAAGUGUUGCUCUUUACCUGGCGUCACUCAUUGAGUUAUCCCUGGGUCGUCAGAUCACUCGAGUCGAGGUUGCAGCUCUCGCAUGGGGUAUUAACAUCCUUUCCGGAAUCGUCAAUUCAUUCGGCACCAGAGCUGUCGGUACCCUGAGUGCGUUCAACUUAUGGUGGACACUUGGUGGCACAAUCGUUCUUGUGGUGACCUUACUGGUCAAGACGCCUGGGAAGAACAGUGCCAGUUUUGUCUUCACAGACUACGAAAAUUUCACCGGCUGGAAAUCUGAAGGUUUCGUCGUGCUACUAGGAUUCUUACAGGCCGUCUAUACCCUCGAGGGGUGCGAAACGGCUGCUCAAGUUGCCGAAGAAACGACACGAGCCGAAAUCCUUGCGCCUCUUGCCAUCGUCAGCAGCAUUGUAGGAUCCUACAUCGUUGGAGUCGUAUACCUUCUCGCACUCCUAUUCAGCGUCCAAUCCAUUCCCAAUAUCCAACAAACGAUCUUCGCUAUACCGAUAGCCCAGCUCUUCUUUGACGUAUUCAACAGUUCGGGUGAGAGCAAACAAGGUCGGGCGUUGACGAUCAUGUGCCUGGUGAUCAUUGCGUUGGCUCAAUUCAUGGCUGCCGUCACUGCAUUUGCUGCGAGUUCACGGCUACUCUAUGCGCUUGCCAGAGACAAUGCAGUUCCGCCGAACGGGAGAGUCAAGCAUGGGUUUAUGCUGUUGAAUAGGUUUCAGGCUCCUUAUGUCGGAGUCUGGACGUCUGUUGUAGUUGGAUGUGCAGUGUCCUGUGCUUACAUCGGGUCUCCGAUUGCGUUCAACGCCAUCUUAUCUUCAGCUGCUAUUUCGGUCAUGCUGAGUUACCUGCAGCCUAUUAUAAUCAGGGUAUUCUGGCCCAACUCCUUUUAUGAACGAGGGCCAUUCAACCUAGGAGGUUGGUCGUGGCCAAUUAAUUUUUGCUCCUUCCUAUUCACUACCUUCAUAUGCAUUUUAUUCGUUUUACCUACUUCUCAUCCCGUUUCGUCCACGAAUAUGAACUACGCCAUUGUGGCAGUCGGAGCUCUCAUCCUUCUAGUUGCGCUUGGAUGGUUUAUCUGGGGGAGAAAGACAUUCCAUGGGAGUGUCAGAACUUUGGAGAAUCAUCGUGGAGAACAUGAAGACGAGGUGAAAGAUCUCGGGAGAUUGGAAAAGGAAUAGUGAGUUCAGCGUAAAUUCAUGCAAUACUUAAUGCGAGAGUAUAGAUACAGCCAUGAUUCUGCUACAAUACGUG